GCUUCUCCGCGGGACGACAAGCGGUGCGGAGGGGCGCGUGUGGCCCAGGGGCUCGGAUUCUUGGCCUGGAGGCGCUAACGUGGCACAGCGAGGCUCGGCACAUCCUAGUCGCCUGUUGGGGACGCGGCGCCGCUUGCUCGGGCUAAUCGGUGGUGUUGACUACCCUCCGCUGGCCUGCGGAUGGUUGGGUCCGGCUGGGUCACGCGCUAGGUUCGGUGCAAGGGCCUGCGGAACGGACUAGCACUUGGCGAGGGGCUGAGCGGUGGCGACAGCCUUGGGACAGUGGCGAGCGGGUUCCGGCUCAGCAUCCGGGAGACGGCGGCGAGCGCCCCAGCUGGGUUGGUGUUGGGCCAUAGGGCUGAAUGGAAAGCGGGGAUGACAACCUCAAGUCUUUGAAUUCGAGUGCAGUUCGAAUACCUGACUCAUCCGGCCAGCCUUGUACAUGUUCUGAUGUAGGCAGGAUGGUGCAGUUGUGAUCUGUUAAGCGGAAGGCCUCCGCCAUUCUCCAGCACCAUGAAUGCCAUCGUCGCUCUCUGCCACUUCUGCGAGCUCCAUGGCCCCCGCACGCUCUUCUGCACUGAAGUUCUACACGCUCCUCUGCCCCAGGGUGCCGGAAGUGGGGACAGUCCUGGCCAGGUUGAGCAGGCUGAGGAAGAGGAGGGCGGCAUCCAGAUGAGCAGCCGGGUCCGUGCCCACAGCCCAGCCGAGGGUGCCAGCACUGAGUCCAGCAGCCCUGGGCCCAAGAAAUCAGACAUGUGUGAGGGCUGCCGGUCACUUGCUGUAGGGCACCCAGGUUAUAUCAGUCAUGAUAAAGAGACCUCCAUUAAGUACGUCAGUCACCAGCACCCCAACCACCCGCAGCUCUUCAGCAUUGUCCGCCAGGCCUGUGUCCGGAGCCUGAGCUGUGAGGUAUGCCCUGGUCGUGAAGGCCCCAUCUUCUUUGGUGAUGAGCAACAUGGCUUUGUAUUCAGCCACACCUUCUUCAUCAAAGACAGCCUGGCCAGAGGCUUCCAGCGCUGGUACAGCAUCAUUGCCAUCAUGAUGGAUCGAAUCUACCUCAUCAACUCGUGGCCCUUCCUACUGGGGAAGAUCCGCGCCAUCAUCAGUGAGCUCCAGGGCAAGGCCCUCAAGGUGUUUGAGGCAGAGCAGUUUGGAUGUCCACAGCGUGCCCAGAGGAUGAACACUGCCUUCACGCCCUUCCUGCACCAGAGGAAUGGCAACGCUGCCCGCUCCCUGACCUCCUUGACCAGUGAUGACAACUUGUGGGCGUGUCUGCACACUUCCUUUGCCUGGCUCCUGAAGGCAUGUGGUAGCCGGCUGACAGAAAAGCUCUUAGAGGGUGCACCCACAGAGGACACCCUGGUGCAGAUGGAGAAGCUUGCUGACUUAGAGGAAGAAUCAGAAAGUUGGGAUAAUUCCGAGGCUGAAGAGGAGGAGAAAGCCCCUGUUACGCCAGAGGGUGCUGAAGGGCGAGACCUGACGAGUUGCCCAACAGACUCUUCCUUUCUCUCAGCCUGUGGGAGCUGGCAACCCCCAAAGCUUUCCGUCUUCAAGUCCCUUCGACACAUGAGACAGGUCUUGGGCGCCCCAUCUUUUCGUAUGUUGGCCUGGCAUGUCCUCAUGGGAAAUCAGGUGAUCUGGAAAAGCAGAGAUAUGAACCUGGUCCACUCCGCAUUUGAAGUCCUCCGGACCAUGCUGCCUGUAGGCUGUGUCCGAAUCAUCCCUUACAGCAGCCAGUAUGAGGAGGCCUAUCGCUGUAACUUCCUAGGGCUCAGCCCUCCCGUGCCUAUCCCUGCUCAUGUUCUGGCCUCGGAAUUCGUAGUUGUUGUGGAGGUACACACAGCUACUCGCUCAAACCUCCACUCUGCUGGAUGCGAGGACGACCAGUCCCUCAGCAAGUAUGAGUUUGUGGUGACCAGUGGUAGCCCUGUGGCUGCAGACAGAGUUGGGCCCACUAUCCUGAAUAAGAUUGAAGCAGCUCUGACCAACCAGAACCUGUCUGUGGAUGUGGUGGACCAGUGCCUCAUCUGUCUCAAGGAGGAGUGGAUGAACAAAGUGAAAGUCCUGUUUAAAUUCACCAAGGUAGACAGUCGCCCCAAGGAGGACACGCAGAAGCUCCUGAGCGUCUUGGGCGCAUCAGAGGAGGACAAUGUUAAGCUGCUGAAGUUCUGGAUGACAGGCCUGAGCAAGACCUACAAGUCACAUCUCAUGUCCACAGUCCGAAGCCCCACAGCUGCAGAGUCUCGGAACUGACUCUGAACACCUUCUGGAUGGUGGUGUACAAACCAGCUCUGUGGGAAAGGCUGCCCUUGGGUUUCUGACUGCUGGAGUGAAGCCCUAUUUGAGGAGUGAAGACUUAAGGGCUAGGCUUCACCCUCCUUCUGAGGCUCUCUCAGCCCAUGUUGAAAUGUAGGGAACACAGAAACAGUGGUCCCUCUGCAUCAGACUGCCCUGUCAGGAACUGGUGAGAUGUGCUCUGUGCUUCCUGAGGACAAAGGCUGGGAACUGAGAGGAGUCGAUCAGUCUGCCUCUGAGGCCUUGCUGUUGCAGGGUGUCCUCGUGGGGGUUAGGACAACACCUUCCCACCGUGGAAGACAGCAAGCAUCCUGAAUCGUUCGUCUUUGGGUUGAUGGUUUCUUAGGUCAUGUGCACACCUGUGGCCUCUGUUCAGCUCGCCAGCUUGUGGAUACAUCAAAACCAUGGUUGUUUUGUUUGUUUUUGUUUUUUUUUUUUAAUUUUAGUUUUUGAGUCAGGGUCUUAUUCUGUAUCUUAUCCCAGUUUAGAACUCACGGUGUGGCCUAUGCUACUUUCAGACUUGUAGCAAUCCUCCUGCCUCGGCUUCCCAAGUGCUGGGAUUACAGAACUGAGCCAUCAGAGCAUUACAUUGCUUUCUUUGUUGCUGCUGUAGCAUUAACCAGCGACUACAGACUAUGACCGUGUUAAGAUAGACCACCUCUCACCAUUGCAGUUUAAUAAGGAUGGAGCUUGGAAAGAUUUCCUGAAAGCCUUCCCAGUUUGUUUUUAUAAUAUUUUUGGUGUUUGUUUAUAUUUAACAUGAAGACUACGUUUAUGUCUCUUGGUCUCUGUACAGUUGCAAGAAUGUUGAAACACAAUAAAUCUGUAUUUUUGUAAACCA